UCUUACCACUAAACACAAAAACCUUAUUCCUUCUUCUUCUGUCUAGACAAACAAAAAUGAUUCCUAUGUGCUUUCUUCUCUGGUAGAUAAACUCAAGAAGAAGAAGAAGAAAACCCUAAGAAAAUCAAGAAACAGAAAGAAGAUUGAAAUCCCUGCCUUCUCCACAGCCUAAGAGAAAUGGGGAGAGGGAGAGUGGAACUAAAGUUGAUAGAAAACAAGAUUAAUAGACAAGUUACAUUUGCAAAGAGAAGGAAUGGUCUUCUUAAGAAAGCUUAUGAAUUAUCAGUUCUAUGUGAUGCUGAAGUUGCUCUUAUCAUUUUCUCUAGCAAAGGCAAACUCUAUGAGUAUUGUAGCAGCUCUAGCAUGUUGAAGACUCUGGAGAGGUAUCAAAGGAACACCAACUCAAGUACAUCCCAGUCCAGUGAGAUUGUUGCCUUUGACGUCGAGGAUGAAACCUACCAGGACUAUUUGAAGCUAAAGGCAAGAGCGGAGGUUCUACAACAGAAUAAUAGAAACCUGCAAGGGGAAGAUUUGGGACCAUUAAGUGUCAAUGAGCUUGAGCAACUUGAGAACCAAUUAGAGGUUUCACUAAAGCAAGUCAGAUCGACAAGGACUCGAUAUAUGUUUGAUCAUCUUACGGAGCUUCAGCAAAAGGAACAACUGCUGCGUGAAGCUAAUAAAUCCCUGAAUAAGAAGAAGAUGGAUGAAGAUAAAGCAGAAAUUGAUCUACAGUUGUCAUGGCAAGCAGGUGAACAACGAAGGCAGCAGCAGGUGGACGACCAUAGAGCAUUACAGUUGUCAUGGCAAGAGGGUGAACAGCGAAGGCAGCAGCAGCAGAUGGAUGAACAUAAAGCAGAAAUGGCACUACAGUGGUCAUGGCAAGCGGCUGAACAACAGAGGCAGAUUGCUGCAUACAAUCAUCAUAUUAAUGCUGCUGCAUCAGAGCGUUUUUUCCAACCUUUAGAGUGCAGCCCUUCCUUGCAAUCUGGGAACAGUUUGAGUAAUGCAAGUAAUAUGAUGAAUAGUGCUGCCCCAGUGCAAAACUUGUUAGGGUUUUUCCCUGGUUGGACGCUUUGAGUUGUUACACCAUGAAGCUAUCCACAUGUAUGUAUACGUUUCCACAUGCUCAUAGAAGAAGGAGAUAAAGAUCGUUAAGAAUACAUGGAUUUUGGUGCUAAAGAAUAUUGAUUACAACAAAUAAGUCUAUUAUGAAGACAGUAAUUUUGGUUAUAUAUAUAUAUAUAUAUAUAUAUAUAUAUCUAGAUGAGAGGACAAGAGUGAUGUCCUGUUAUGAAAGAACAUUAUAUAAGAGAGGAGAUGGUUAUCUGUGUAAGAGUGAAUGUUAUAUGGAUAUUCUUAUGCAACUAUGCAAGCUCUGGAAGCGUAUUUUGGUAACACUUGCUUUCAUUUUUACAUCUA